AUGGCAUUCGAAGAUUUAACCACAAUCGUUUUGGAUGUUGGUUCAUUUCGUGUUAGAGCAGGAAUUGCAGGAGAUGAUGAGCCAAAAAUUAAUAUUCCAACUCUUGCAUCUCGGAAUCCAAAAUUUAAAUCUACAAAAUCUACAAAUUUGGAAUCCAAAUUGACGAAUAAUGAACAAGAUGAUGCUGAUACUUAUUUGAAAAGGGAAUAUUUAAUUGGAUCGGAAAUAAUUGAUUAUGAAAUAAUGAAUAAUGAUGGGAAAUUAGAAAUCACAAGUCCAUUUGGUGAUGGAAAGGAAAUUAAUGUUGAUGUAAUGGAAAGGAUUUGGAGAUUUACAUUUGAACAAUUAAAAGUUGAGCCAGAGGAGUGUCCAUUAGUGAUGAUUGAACAUGCAUUGACUGAAAAGAGAGUUAGAGAGACAAAGAUGCAAAUCAUGUUUGAGUCAUUUGGGAUUCCAAUGUAUUAUUCUGGAUAUGAUUCAGUGAUGAGUAUGUAUGCGAGUGGUAGAGUGACAGGAAUUACAGUGAAUAUGGGAUAUGAGGAAACUCAAAUUGUUCCAGUUUUUGAAGGAUUUGCAUUACCUCAUGCAAUAAUGACAAUGAAUUUUGGAGGACGACAAUUGACUGAAUACUUAGCUCAAAAAUUGAAAUUGGAUGGGCAUAAUUUAACUAAUGAUCAAGUGAGUCAAUUGAAAGAGAAAUUGUGUCGUGUAGCUGAGGAUUAUGAUGAAGAAUUGAGAACAAUAGACAGUGCAUCUUUUGAACUACCUGAUGGAAAUGUUAUUCAAAUUAAGAAUGAACGAUUGACAUGUCCAGAAAUUUACUUUAACCCACAAAUUUUUCAAUCCCAAGAAAUUGGUCCAAUACACCUUCAAACCUAUUCUUCAAUUCAGAAGUGUGACAUUGAUGGAAGAAGAUUUUGGUACUCGAACAUUCUCCUCACAGGAGCUAGCUCAUGUUUCCCUAAAAUGACAGAGAGAUUAACCAAGGAAAUGGUCUUCUUGUCACCUUCCUCAAUGAAAGUCAAGGUGAUUGGUGCACCAGAGAGAAAUAUUCAGGCAUGGUUGGGAGGCUCUAUAUUGGGAUCCAUUUCCGCCUCUCAAACGAUGUUCAUCACACGAGAGGAGUAUGAAGAAGUUGGUCCAGUUCUUGUUCAUAGGAGGUGUUUCUAA